CCCUCCCUCUCUCCCUCCGCCCUACCCGCCCGCAGCACGUUCCCGCACGCUAGCGAAAGAAGAAAAAACACACGGGAGGUUCGUUCCUCUUCGUCAGGCCAUGAGCGGAGCUCGCCUCGGUCGGGAACGCCUGCAUUAGCCCCUCGCCGGAGAGUCCGAGAGGGCUUUCGGGCCGGUUGCGCAGGUGCCGGCGCCGGCGAGGGCGUCGGCGCCGGCCCUUGUAGCCCAAGCCCGUCGCCUCAUUCGAUCGUGAUUUGUUCCUCUCGCGAUUAUUUUUUCUCCCUAAAAUCAGACCCGAGCAGCGCCAAUACAGCUGAGGUCCCAUUUCGUUUAGCAUACGAAUUUAUCCGACAUUGAAGAAUUCUGGAGUUCGCUGAGGUUCGAGGAUUACCGGUCCCCUCCAUGUUGAAAAUGAUGACCGAGAGUAUCAAACCUGUAGAAACCGACAUGGUUAAUUCUAGCAACAGAAAGAUAUUCGUGCAGGAAAACUCAAAGUUGGCCAGCAAGGCUGUCACUUUUUCGAUGAAUUUGACUGAGCAACAGGAGAAUCCCUUACAAGCAGAUUUGAUGACACAAAGGUCGCGUUUCAGAAACCUAAAGUUGGAAGAGGGGACAAGGAACAAUCCCUUUGAAGUGAGCAUCAUGGAUAGAAACAAGACAAAACAGUGGAGCAUGUGCAUGAAAACACCCCAAGCGGUGUCAAAUAGCUCUACGGCUUAUGAACUACUUGGCAAUGGCCUUGCUGAUCUUAGCCAAGCCAGUCUCCUGCCAAAUAUUGGUGUGGCAGGUGAAAACUGUGUACUGCGAAAUGGUAAUAAGUUAUUUGAAUAUUCAGUGCAUGAAGCAAAGCCAAAGCUACUUGAGCAGCUCUCCGGCAAGGAUGAAGCAAUGAUGGAAUAUUCCAUUGGAAGACAGCAUCAUGGAAUAUUCCAUUUUUCACCGGCACGGCCACUUUUCCUCCAUCGGAGGAAACUUCUAAUUCUUGAUAUAAAUGGGCUUCUUGCAGAUAUAGUUUCUCCUCCUCCGAAGGACUACAAAGCAGACAUAAAUAUUGCAAGACGAGCAGUUUUCAAGAGACCCUUCUGCAUUGAUUUUCUGAAGUUCUGCUUUGAAAGAUUUGAUGUGGGCAUAUGGUCAUCAAGAAACAAGAAGAAUGUGGAAAGAGUGGUUGAUUAUCUUCUGGGAGAUAUGAAGCAUAAGCUGCUUUUUUGUUGGGAUCUCUCACAUUGCACUGCUACAAGGUUUAGAACACUAGAAAACAAGCACAAGGCCUUGGUGUUUAAGGAAGUCAGGAGACUUUGGGAGAAACGUGAGUCUAGCCUUCCAUGGCAGAAGGGAGAUUAUGAUGAAUCAAAUACGCUGUUAUUGGAUGAUUCCCCUUAUAAGGCCUUGCUUAACCCUCCACACACUGCAGUCUUUCCCAACUCUUACAGGUUUCAGCAUGAGAGUGAUGUUUCGUUAGGUAAUGGAGGCAACCUCCGUGUUUAUCUGGAAGAGCUAGCUGCAGCCAACGAUAUACGGCAGUAUGUGGCACAACAUCCAUUCGGUCAAACAGCAAUUACUGCAAAAAGUAAAUAUUGGGGUUUCUACCGCAGAGUCAUGAGUACAGUAACGCCACGAGAUCACCCGUACUUCUCAGCUCAGGCUCGCCCAUGACUCUCUGUUUUGAUCAGCUGUGAUGCAGAUAGAUGGGAAUCUGUGUCCAGUCAUCCAAGUUCUUUGAGAAAUUUUCUAUGUGCCAAAUCAUCAAGUCUCAUUUAUGCUUCGUGCAUGCACCAAUGUGGUCACUCUGAAGUGAAGUGCUCAGGUGGUUUACUAAUUUCAAUUUUCUCUUUUGGUCAUGCCAUAACUAUAGACAUGUUGAUAGAAGAAUGUGAUGAGUAGAGUUAAUUGAUUUGCAACAAAUAUUGAUUUAUUCUCGUUGACUGCACGGAGCUUUAAUUAUUGAAGAAUGAAGCAACUACAGAAAUUUUUUUUUUU